CAGAAAAAUGGCGGCGGCCAAUGUUGGGACUGUCUCCCACGGGAAACCCAGUAUUUUGCCUGGACGUCGGCACUCUAUAGCUGUUGGUCAAAGUACGCCAACAUUUGGAGCUUCAACAACAAGAAGAAAAAGUAUUCAGGACAGUAUUCAUCAUCUUACACACAACAUGAGUAUAGGUCUUAGAAUUGCACUCAGGACCAGUAGAGACUGUUUACAGUUAAAUGAUGAAACUGUUUUUGACAAGGUUCUCAGUAGAAGAAUGCUAUCAAACCAUUUCAAGGAGAAAGAUCUCAGGGUUAUUAAGUUUGUGAGCUCUAAGAAGGAGGAUUUAGAAAACGGAGAACAACAUGACGUGGAGAUUUGGAUAAAAAGGGAAGAUGGACAUAAGAAGAAACUUGAUAUUCAAGUGAGGGUUCAUAGAGAGGAAGAAAUGGAGGCCAAAGUGUACAAUAUCAUCAUAACAAAACUCAGGGAGUAUGUUCUCAGCAAAAAGCAACGAAGAAGUUCCUUUCUUUGUACUCCAGAACACUUCUUAAUCUCAGAUCCAUCCAUACCGAGAUUUCUGGAAGAUUCAGAGGAACAAGAUGUAUGUUAUGAUGAUGUGAAUUCUGGUUUUGAAAACAAGAUAAUGGUUCUAGAAAAUCUUCCAAUGAAAGGAUAUAGGACGUUUAUUUCGCUGCUUGGUGUCUCUGCUCUCGAUGCUUCUAGAUUUCAACGUGGAAAAGACUCCAACAACACCUAGCUACAAAAAAUCGUC